AUGCGAAAUCAUCCCCCGGGAAUUAAUCACCCUCUGCCACGGCACAUUCCCCGAAUGGAAGAAUAUGAUGCGGUAGGUGGUGAGGAGAAGGUAGGGGAGUAUGAAGAUGAUGGAGGUAAUAGUGGGGAUCUAAAUGGGGAUGAGAGAGGAGGUCGUGACUCUUCCCCGGGGGAUCUCUUGGACCGCGGAGUAGACGGCGUUGAUGAAGUGUUCGGCUUCGUCGGUGUGGUUUUAAGGAGGGGUGUUGCUGCUCUCUGUAGAUGUAGAUGUAGAUCGUAUAUGCUUCCUGCCUGA